GACGCUUCUCAUAAUCCAUAGCAAAUGCAAGUAUCAGUUACUGCGCGUACCGCAUCAUCCAGAGUGUAUCGGAGGGAGCUGUGUGGGAAAUAGCAGCAGUAAGGUUUGGCGGUACGAAAUGUACGAAAUGUAAACAGUUUGGUGACAUCCUGAUCAUCUGCAGAAUCGGAAUUAUUCUCCAGAUAAGUUAUCUUAGAGUAAUAUUCUGUUGUAAUAGUACAGGAUAUUCGUUUGUUUCUGAGCCAGUGUCCAGAUUAUCUAAUAGGGAACUGCAUAAAGGCCUCACAACUUUGAGGGACAUUAGAAUUUUUUCUCUGCUUUUUCAAGGAUUUAAAAAGUGACAUUUAUUAGACAAAUAGCAGUAUAAGAAAAUAAGUUGGAUUUUUAUGAAGAUUUGAUGACCAUUGAUAUAUUACUUUUUAUAAGGAAUGAAAAGAAUUAGUGUUGAAGAACAGGAAGUGAAAUCUUUACAAGUAUCAACCGCUGAGUAAUAGUUUUGUAAAGGAUCAUGCAGAAGUACAAAAGAUUAAUCCUUGUCAUAAUUGCACUUCUGUCACUAGUCUUGAUGUUUAUUUAUAGACAGAAAUAUUCAAAUCUCAGUUUAGUAUUUCAAAUGAUGAAUGCAUUUCAGUUUCGAGAUUCUGAAACGAAAUACAAUGAAAAGUUAUUUGAAUUUAAGAAGAAUUUAAAGAUUGACUUUAGUGUUCAAGAACAGAUAGUGGGUAUACCAUAUUGGACUGAAAUUUUUCCAAAUAUUUAUGUUUAUUCUUCUUAUUGGAUGUAUAAAAAAUCACGAUCGCUGAUUUUUACAAAAAAUACAUCUGUGUCUAUGUUAUGGAAAAUGGAAUGUAAACUGCAUUAUGAAAAAGAAAACCAGAAAUUUCUUCCAAAAACUAAUCUUAUUCUUUUAGAUAAACAGGAUACUAAUAUGUUUUUAUUUCUUGAAUGCAUGCCUUUUGAAGGCGAAGUGCCUCAUAGUAUUAGUUUUGUUUACAGGAACUUAACAUCGCUUGUUUCUUUACCUGUCAUUCACAAAGAAUCAUACAUAGGUCAUUUUACAAUGUGUGUGCAACCCUUACCUUCAACAUUUAAAGAUGUUAACAGGAUUUUAGAAUUCAUUAUUUAUCAUUCUCAAAUGGGAAUAAAAUUUUUCAUAUUCUAUGAAGCAGGUUUAUCAUUCAAUGUUAGAAAAUUGUUAAAACAUGUUGCAGUGAAAGAUAACAUAAAUUUACUUAUACUGCCAUGGAAUCUGCCAUUCUAUUCUCAAAAUGAAUUCAGUGUUACAGAACUUUAUUUCCUUGACUGCUUUCACCGGGUGCUUGCUAGAAAUCAUUCUGAUUUUGCACUAAAACUAGAGUUAAAUGACUUUAUAGUUCCAAAAAAUGCAUGGAAUUUUACAUAUUUUAAUGCACACGAUUCAUCUGUUAAUGUCUACAGAUUAUAUAGAAAGGUUUUUUGUGAAGAAUAUCCUAAUGAUAUCAUUGCUCAUAGUCUUUUUAUGCCUUUUGUCAGUUUGUUGAAAACCAAGGUUUCAAAUGAAAAUGGAAGUGCCAAAGAAAUCGCAUUUGAUGUAAAAAAGUUAAAACAAACUGUAAGUGAUUCUAAAGAAUUUCAUUCUUGGUUCCAGUUAAAAAAGUUGCAAAAGACGCGUUUAAUUCCUGAUACAUCUGUUGUUCUUCAUUCCUACAAUAAGUGUGGAUUGAAAUCGGAUAAUGAUAAAGAGAGUUUUUCAGAAGACCGAAGUAUGUGGAAAUACAAAGACACUUUUUUCAAAUCUCACCUUUAUUUGCUAGCCAAAACAGAAGAUCUGAUUGAUAGUUAAAGUGAAAUUUUUAAAAUAUAUAUUGGUUUGAUAAAUCUACUUAUUGAUAUAAAGACGCAAGUGUAUGAAUAAAUGAAGUUAUUUAUGCAUUUCAUGAUCCAUUAUAGUCAUUCAUGGCGGUAAUUGCUGACCAUAUCGUGUCUGUUUCCUUCGAAAGAUCUUAAAAGUCAUAUGUUUACUGAGUUUUGAGAUUUAUUACGAAAAAGUUUCAAUCAGUUUUUUUAAGUAUAAGCAUUAUUGAGAAUUUACACAGAAUCUACUAUGUAUUAUGCUUGAGUCUUACUUGAAUGUUUUUUUAUAAAACAAAUUUGAAAUAUUACAAGCAAAAUAUUUUCUUUGAGUAGAAAGUUGUGCAUAUUUUUUUCUAAUUAUAUAUUUUUG